CUCAAUAAAAUCCAGCACCGAGUGCUACCCUUGGUGAGAAGGUAUGGCAGAAAAGGAGCCCAGCUGUAAAAGCAUGGGUGGGUGUAACACAGCAGGCAAGCCUGUGCACGGGACAUGGUGCUGCAGGAGCAUCUCACAGAAGAUGAUGGAGGCAGGUGCCGGGCUGCACUCGGGGCUUUGGGUAUUGAGGCUGGAGCGAUCCCUCCUGAGCCAUUGCAGCCUGGCAGCACAGGCCGAAGCCUUCUGUCCUACCCAGCUCAGCACUGCCUGCUGCAGCAGGUCCGGCACAUCCUGCAGCACGGCCACCGAAAGGACGAUCGCACCGGCACCGGCACCAUCUCCGUCUUCGGCAUGCAGGCGCGCUACAGCCUCAGAGAUCAGUUUCCACUGCUAACAACCAAGAGAGUGUUCUGGAAAGGCGUGUUGGAGGAGCUGCUGUGGUUUAUCAAGGGUUCGACAAAUGCCAAAGAGCUCUCUGCAAAGGGUGUGAAGAUUUGGGAUGCCAAUGGAUCACGUGAAUUCCUGGAUAAGCAGGGUUUUUGCACCAGAGAGGAGGGGGACUUGGGACCAGUUUAUGGUUUCCAGUGGAGGCACUUUGGAGCAGAAUACAAAGAUAUGCACACAGAUUAUUCCAACCAAGGAGUUGAUCAGCUGAAAAACGUGAUUGAUAUGAUCAAAACCAAUCCAGAUGACAGAAGAAUCAUUAUGUGUGCUUGGAAUCCCAAAGAUAUUUCUCUGAUGGCUUUGCCACCUUGUCAUGCCCUUUGCCAGUUCUAUGUUCUAAAUGGAGAAUUGUCUUGCCAACUCUAUCAGAGGUCUGGAGAUAUGGGACUAGGAGUGCCUUUCAAUAUUGCCAGCUAUUCGCUGCUCACAUACAUGAUUGCCCAUGUCACAGGGCUGAAGCCUGGAGAGUUCAUACACACAUUAGGAGAUGCUCACAUAUAUCUGAAUCAUGUGGAACCUCUAAAAAUUCAACUUCAAAGGGAGCCAAGACCUUUCCCCAAACUCAGAUUUCUUCGUAAGGUUGACGACAUCUGUGACUUUAAGGCAGAAGACUUUCAGAUUGAAGAUUAUAAUCCUCAUCCACCUAUUAAAAUGGAGAUGGCUGUUUAAUGCGGUAGAACAGCUUCUAUUAACAUGGAAAUUUACCGAAGCUACUUAGCUUUCUCUGUGCUUACAGUAACUUUUUUUUUAUAUACUUCAAAAGGUAUAAGCUUUAUUAUUGAAAAAUAAAUGGGCGAUAAUAGGUCAAUGUUAUCUUCAGUACUGAGUUGUCAGAACAAA